UUCCUAACCAGUCGCCCAAGAGUAAAAGAUAAAAACCCCACUCUUACCACCACUCGUAAAAUCAGGAGACGACCAAUCUCUACACAGUCCCCUCUUGUCUCUACACUUUUCAGAUCACAUUUCAAACCCUAAAAUCUCUCUCCCUCUAUCUCGCUAUCUCUCUCCGCCAUGUCUUCACGGCGGCUCCUCUCCACUCUCCUCCGCCACUCCUCUCGACGAUCUACAUUCUCUCCCAAACCACACGCCUCUCGUCUCUCUCCCCGGGCGAGCCGCCCCUCGCCGGCCGGUUUCCUCCUCAACCGCGUCGCUAACUACUCCACCUCCGCCGCCGCGCCGGCGACCACGGUUUCCGCCUCGCCGACCGGAGCCAACGCAGGCAAGAUCACCGACGAGUUCACCGGAGCUGGAGCGAUCGGGCAGGUGUGUCAGGUCAUCGGUGCCGUGGUUGAUGUGCGAUUCGAUGAUGGAUUGCCGCCGAUUCUCACGGCGUUAGAAGUGAUGGAUAAUUCGAUUCGAUUAGUGCUGGAAGUGGCGCAGCAUUUGGGGGAGAAUAUGGUGAGGACUAUUGCUAUGGAUGGGACUGAGGGACUUGUGAGAGGUCAACGUGUUCUCAAUACUGGUUCCCCAAUCACUGUGCCUGUGGGUAGAGCUACCCUUGGUCGUAUUAUGAAUGUUAUUGGAGAGCCUAUUGAUCAUAGAGGCGAUAUUAAAACCGACCAUUCCCUGCCAAUUCAUAGAGAAGCUCCUGCAUUUGUUGAGCAGGCCACCGAACAGCAGAUUCUUGUUACAGGAAUUAAGGUUGUUGAUCUCCUUGCACCGUAUCAAAGAGGUGGAAAGAUUGGUCUUUUUGGUGGUGCUGGAGUGGGAAAAACUGUGCUUAUUAUGGAACUUAUUAACAAUGUUGCAAAAGCCCAUGGCGGUUUCUCUGUCUUUGCUGGUGUUGGUGAGCGUACACGAGAAGGUAAUGAUUUAUACAGAGAAAUGAUUGAAAGUGGUGUGAUCAAGCUGGGAGAGAAGCAGAGUGAAAGCAAAUGCGCUCUUGUGUAUGGUCAAAUGAAUGAACCCCCUGGUGCACGUGCUCGUGUCGGCCUUACUGGACUAACAGUUGCUGAACAUUUCAGAGAUGCUGAGGGUCAAGAUGUGCUUCUUUUCAUUGACAAUAUUUUCAGAUUUACACAGGCUAACUCAGAGGUGUCUGCUCUGCUGGGUCGUAUCCCAUCUGCCGUCGGUUAUCAACCAACUUUGGCUACUGAUCUCGGAGGACUUCAAGAGCGUAUUACUACAACAAAGAAAGGAUCUAUCACUUCUGUUCAAGCUAUUUAUGUGCCUGCUGAUGACUUGACUGAUCCAGCUCCUGCAACAACUUUUGCUCACUUGGAUGCCACAACUGUGUUGUCUCGUCAGAUCUCCGAGCUUGGUAUCUAUCCAGCUGUCGACCCUCUUGACUCUACAUCUCGUAUGCUUUCUCCUCAUAUUUUGGGGGAGGAACAUUACAAUACUGCUCGUGGUGUACAAAAAGUGCUUCAGAAUUACAAGAAUUUGCAAGAUAUUAUUGCUAUUUUGGGGAUGGACGAGCUAAGUGAAGACGACAAGUUGACAGUUGCUCGUGCUCGCAAAAUUCAAAGGUUCUUGAGCCAGCCUUUCCAUGUUGCAGAAGUUUUCACUGGUGCUCCUGGAAAGUACGUGGAGUUGAAGGAGAGCAUUACCAGCUUCCAGGGUGUUUUGGAUGGGAAGUUUGAUGACCUUUCAGAACAGUCAUUUUACAUGGUUGGAGGAAUUGAAGAGGUUAUGGCCAAGGCAGAGAAGAUUGCCAAGGAGAAUGCCGCCUCGGCAAAUUAAUCUGGGACUUCCCCCCUUUCUUGACAAUUACGAAAUUUAUUACCUUUGCUUAAAUUGGCGAUGUAAGCGCCAGGAAUUUUAUUUCCUGAACCAAUUGUGUUGGGUUUUUGCUUCUGAUUACAAGAUUGUGAUAGGGAAACAGAGUGGAGUGCCAUCAAUAGAAAGCCCCCCUUCUGUUUUAAUAUAUCACCUAAUAAGGGGGAUAAGGUGGACAUGCAUAUUUUUCUUUAGUUCAUUGGAUGUGUUACAUGA